AUGUUGUCGAUUGCAAUCAAAUUCAAAGAAGUGUUUUCGAGACUCAAAGAGCGAGAAUCUCAUUAUGAAUGUUGUCCAAGUCAUGAAGAUUGGGAAAAGGUGGAGAAAGUUUGUGAGAUUUUAGAAGUUUUUAAUUCAGCCACUAAAAUCAUCUCUGGAAAUGAUUAUCCAACUUCAAACCUGUUUCUGAAUGAAGUUUAUCGUGUGAAAGUGUUGUUGGAUAAAAGGAUGAAUGAUGAAAAUGAAUUUGUUCAAGCAAUGGUUCGUAAGAUGAAGAGUAAAUUUGAUAAGUAUUGGGGAGAAUGUAAUUUGUUGAUGUCUAUAGCAGCAAUCUUGGAUCCAAGGUGCAAAAUGAGGGUGAUUGAGUUUUGCUUUCCUCGAAUGUACCCUGAUAGAGAAGCAAAAGAAAAUAUUGCUAAAGUUCGAGAUGCCCUUUAUGAGAUUUAUGAUGAAUAUGCUCGUGAGUAUCAAUUUGGCAAUGAGCAUAGUACUGAAACUCAAGUGCAUGAUAAUGGUAUUAGUGGUAUGAAUAUAGAAGCUUCUUCUUCUGGAGAUUCCACUAAGUUUCAUGCUUUUGAAUGGUGGAAAGCGAGCACUUUGAAGUAUCGUAUUUUAUCCAAGAUGGCUCGGGAUAUACUUGCUAUUCCUAUCACUACAGUGGCUUCAAAAGCUACCUUUAGUGCAGGAGGUAGAGUUAUUGAUACUUAUCGUGCUUCUUUAUCUCCUGACACAGUGCAAGCAUUACUUUGUGGAGGAGAUUGGUGUCGGAAUCUUCAUGGAGUGAAGAAGAAGAACAAAAAAGAGAAGAAAUCAAUUGAGAUUGCACUCAAAAUCCCCUAA